AUUCCGAGUGUGCUUGCUUUUCUCUUUGAAAGUCAUCACAUAACGGCAUUGUAAUACACGGUUCGGCUGCAUUAAAUAUUACAUAUCUGCCGUAAUUCUCUAUUUAUAGAGCCCUGCUGAGAAGACUUCUAGACAAACAGGAGAACUGCCGCCAAAACUGAAGAUGUGACGUGGGCUCUAACUCUAGGGCUCUGGGUGGCGGUAUGCACCUUUUAAGUUGUUUGCAAUCCGACAAAUCCGAGAGAAGAAGAGGUAGAAGAAGAGCAGCAUGGAGGAGAACAAGGAGACCCCUGGAGCUCAGAAACUGAAAAGAAGAGAGAGACGUCACAGCUGUCAGCAAUGUGACAAAUCCUUUACAACAUCUGGAACUUUAAAUCGCCACCUGCAUAUUCACACUGGAGAAAAACCGUACAGCUGUGAAGAGUGUGGGGAAACUUUCACUAGAUCAGAUGCUCUCAAAAGACAUCACCGUAUUCAUACAGGAGAAAAACCGUACUGCUGUGAAGAGUGUGGGACAACUUUCACUACAUUAGGUGCUCUAGAAUCACAUCACCGUAUUCACACAGGAGAAAAACCGUACAGCUGUGAAGAGUGUGGGAAAACUUUCACUAGAUCAGAUGCUCUCAAAAGACAUCACCGUAUUCAUACAGGAGAAAAACCAUACUGGUGUGAAGAGUGUGGGAAAACUUUCACUACAUCAGGUGAUCUCAAAAUACAUCACCGUAUUCAUACAGGAGAAAAACCAUACUGGUGUGAAGAGUGUGGGAAAACUUUCAUUAAAUCAGGUGAUCUCAAAAUACAUCACCGUAUUCAUACAGGAGAAAAACCAUACUGGUGUGAAGAGUGUGGGAAAACUUUCACUUCAUCAGGUGCUCUCAAAAGACAUCACAGUAUUCAUACAGGAGAAAAACCGUACUGGUGUGAAGAGUGUGGAAAAAUGUUCACUAGAUCAGAUACUCUCAAAUCACAUCUUCGUGUUCACACAGGAUUAAAACCAUAGUGGUGGGAGUGUGGGAAAACUAUGAGAGCCAAGCUAGCUGUUUCCUUCUCCUGAUGUCCUGAGAGCUGUAGUUAUAUAGUCUCAUUGAAAUAAAGCUUAUUUCAUUCAAA